UAAUACUUUAUGGUGUAUAAUGUAUAUAUUGAAUGGCAUACUGAAUUCUUAAUUUUUAAUAUUUUUAUCAUUGGUAGUUGGUAGUGUUGAUGUACGGUGUGUUGUCUGUGUUGGCGAGUGGGUUGUAAAUUGAAUAUUGUAAAUUGUAAUUACUAAUAUUUCGAUCGUGGUCGUAUGUGUUGAAUUAAGAAUAAUCUUUAUUCCCUAUAAUUUUUAACUUUAACUUUUAUAAUAAACCAUUAUUUCCGUUGAAAAUAUUAUCUUUUAAAAUGGAGAACGUCUUAGAAAAACAAUUAUUGAAAGUUGCAGAAACAAUUGAGCAAAAGCUUGAUCAAGAAAUACAGAAACUUGAUGAGUUAGAUUUAGAUAGUAUUGAAAAUAUAAGAGAACACCGCUUGCAACAAAUGAAAAAAAUGAUCAAACAGAAAGAAGAGUGGUUGGCUAAAGGACAUGGAGAAUAUGAAGAAUUAAGUGACGAGAAAAGUUUCUUUGAAAAAUCAAAACUAAGUCCAAACAUGGUGUUACACUUUUAUAAAGAUGGAUCGACUCGAUGCAAAAUAGUUGAUCAUCAUUUAAAAAUAUUAUGUGCACAACAUCUGGAAACACGUUUUGUUAAACUAAAUGUUACACGUUUUCCUUUUCUGACAGAACGCAUGAAAAUUCGAGUCAUACCAACUAUUGUGUCAAUAGUUGAUAGUAUAUCCAAAGACUUUAUUGUUGGUUUUACCGAGUUGGGAAAUUGUGAUGAUUUUUCAACUGAGAUGUUGGAAUGGCGUUUAGCACGUUCACAAGUUAUUGAUUACAAGGGUGACUUACUUAAUCCACCAGAUGUAGUCAAGAAUAACCGAACAAUGUUAUUAGAGAAAAAUAAAACAAUAAGAAGUUAUACUGGAGAUGACUCAGAUGGUCUAGAUUCAGAUUAA